GCGUGGAGGCUGCCGAUCAAGCCAAAAGAAGCAGCCUCCUCCGGGACAUAUCAGUCACCACUCACCACUAUUGUAGUGUUAAAUGUCGUUGGGCAUUUUGGAAGGUACGGUGGUGUGUCUUUGUGGCAUGUAGAUAUCUACAAAUAACUAGUUGGUGGCAAUGCAGAUCCUCACUCCUCACGUGUACUGGGCCCAGCGUCAUGGAGAGAUAUUACUCCGUGUGGAAUUGAUUGAUGCCAAGAAUCUUGAAAUCAACCUACAUGACAAAACAAUGCAGUUCAGAGCACAGGGCCAUGGAGCUAAAGGAGAUAAUGAAUACAAGUUUAGUUUGGAGUUCUUGGAAGCCGUCAGACCUGAGAUCGAUCAUAAGUCAACACAGCGUCAGGUGGACAUCAAAAUCAAGAAGCAAGAGGAGCGCUGGUGGGACCGACUGACGCUGCAGGAGAAGAAGCCUCUUUUUCUGGCCCCUGACUUUGACCGCUGGCUGGAUGAGUCUGAUGCCGAAAUGGAACUUCAGGCUAAGGAGGAAGAAAGGCUAAACAAGAUAUGUGUGGAGUCAAGAGUUCGUAAAGACCACUACCUUGGGCUGAAGAAAGGCUACUUAUUUAUGUACAACCUGGUGCAGUUCCUUGGAUUUUCAUGGAUCUUUGUCAACAUGACGGUUCGGCUCUUCAUUCUUGGUCAAGAUUCCUUCUAUGACACCUUCCACACCACAGCUGAUAUGAUGUAUUUCUGUCAGAUGCUGGCCGUGCUGGAAGUCAUCAACCCCUUGUUAGGCUUGGUCAAGACUGCAGUAUUCCCCGCCAUGAUCCAGCUGGCGGGGAGGAACGUCAUUUUGUUUGUCAUCUUUGGCAGCCUGGAAGAGAUGCAGAGAAAACCUGUUGUCUUCUUCGUGUUCUACCUGUGGAGCACCAUUGAAGUGUUCAGGUACCCUUUCUACAUGCUGGCCUGCAUGGGCAUCCAGUGGAAGCUGUUGACGUGGCUCAGAUACAGCCUUUGGAUCCCUCUGUACCCACUGGGGGUUCUUACUGAAGCGGUGGCUGUGAUCCAGUCCCUCCCCAUCUUUGAUGAGACCCGCCUGUUCAGCCUCCCCCUGCCUGCUGUGCUCGGACACUCUUUAAGCUUCUCGUACUCUCUGCAGCUCUACCUGGUGAUCAUGUUCCUGGGACUCUUCAUCAAUUUCCGAUAUCUACACAAGCAGAGAAAGAGACGAUACCGAUCAAGCAAACGAAAAGUCCACUAAUGAAGCAGGACAUCACUCACUGUGAGAGGCAAUAUGUUUCCGUUCCUUAUUAACUUUUCCUCUACACACACACACACACACACACAACCUUCCUGGAUGUUUUCUACGUGGGACUUGAUGGCGUGAAUUGAGUAUUAAAAACAUCCAUCUAGUUUAAUUCUUAUCGAUCUCUUGCUGUUCUGUGUGUGAGCAGCAACAGCCAUAAUCCAACCAAUCCAUCACUGGCAAAUAUGAACCCUUUUUUUUUUUUUUGGAUUGUUUUGCAAACAUUUAAUAUGAACUCUUCUUCAUUUAUUGGACUAGCACACUGUGUCGCUGGUCAGUGCUAACACACUCAAAAACACAUGAAGCUCUUUGUUGUGGCCUGUUAAAGAAUUCCUCUGUAGCUGAACAGUUAAGAACUGUGUGCUUAUGAACAUUUAAUGUCAUAUUUGUAAUUAUUUAAGUAUUAUGACAAGGUAUUGUGCUGAAAGAAGCGCUGGAAUAUUGAUUCAUACACAGUGUCCCUAAAGUCUGGACAAAAUAUACACAUAAAAUAUUUGCGUUAUGCAAAAAACAUUUUAAAAAGUUGUAUUCUUUUUCUUUUCUUUUUUAAAAUAAUUGUUAAAUGGAAUAAUUAAACUAUGUAUAUUGAAUUAAACAGUUUUAAUAUGUUUUAAAAUAAUUGUAUAAUAUAUGAAUUUUUGCAUGUGUCCAAACUUUAGGGACACGCUGUACAUUACUUGACCCAAAGAAGUCACACUAAAAUGAACAAAAUACUAACAAAUAAAAUACUGCAAAACAAUGAGAGUUGGAUAUGGUGAUCAAUUUAAUAUUUUCAUUUUUCUAGAUAUAUAUGCAUAUGCUAAGAAGUUAUAUAUCCAUCCAUCCAUCCAUUUUGUAUGCCGCUUAUCCUCAUUAGGGUCACGGGGGUAUGCUGGAGCCUAUCCCAGCUGACUUCAGGCGACAGGGUUUCUCAAAACAUUUGGCAUUUUAAAAGCAAUUAUCUUGAGAACUGCUAUGUCUAGCUCAAUGAAAUUGAACAGUUUAGGUGUUGAACAUCCUAAGUUUAUUAUGGGAGCGAUUUCACAAGUGUUUAGUAUGUGCACCACAUGUGACACGGCUGCAACAGUCUGGGGUGACCGUGCGAGCACAUUCCAAGACGCAAAAUGGCUUCUCUUUGGGAAAUGGCAUGGCUCAACCGGUAAACAGAACAAAAAUAAAACAUUAAAUGUUGAGCUGUUUCUAUACAUCCUGUGAAAAUUCAAAGUUAUUUCAAGAAGAAUUUCCCAAAUUAUUGGCCUGCGAAAUGAUGUCAGAUUUUUUUGGGACACCCCGUAUAUUUAAAGAGAAACGGCCUGCAUUUCAGCUUUAUGCCAUUGGUGACAAAUCAUGCUGUUAUUAAUGUCAACAAGGCGUUUUUUUGUUUUCAUGAUUUCUUGUUUGUUUGUAUUUUUGGAAUACCGAAUAGAGUACAGCAAUUCGGAGGAGCCUAUUAUUAGUAUCAAUUUAAGUU